CUCUUUCCCUCUGUUUGUGCGCUUGUCAUUAUGAAAUGAUGGGUAAAAGGCAAAGUCGGUUUUGAAGGAUCUCCUCGUUGUCUCCAGGUCUCUUCUUUCUACUUCCUAAACACAGUAACUCCGCGCCCCCUUCCUUUCACUCUCUCUCUCAAUAUAAAACACAUAUAUGUAAUGCAUAUAUAGUUUCAUUAGCCAUCCACUUCUCAGCUUCUCUUGUCCAACUUAAAACACCAAACCAUCUUUCUGAAUUGAACAACCAGACUGAUUAGUUAAGAGAUUACUUCAAAUGGCUGAGCCACCAAACUUGGCGACCGAGUCAAGUAGCGACUCAUUCUCUCUCACUCCAUCAUCACCCUUAUUGUCAUCUGGUCCAAAACCAUUAACAAAACAGCCUAAAACAGCAAACCCAAAUCCCAAACGCCCUAGACGAAGUAGAGAGAACUGCGCCACCACCGCCACAAACACCAAGAGCACUAAACACCCGAUCUACAGAGGUGUUCGAAUGAGAGCUUGGGGAAAAUGGGUCUCAGAGAUCCGAGAGCCCAGAAAGAAGUCUCGGAUCUGGCUCGGAACCUUCUCCACACCAGAAAUGGCAGCGCGGGCCCACGACGUUGCCGCCCUAUCCAUCAAAGGCACCUCGGCGAUCCUCAACUUCCCCGAACUUGCCGAGUCACUACCUCGACCCGCCACGUGCUCGGCACGUGACGUACAAUUAGCAGCUGCCAAAGCUGCCUCAAUGGACCACCUCAAUCAGCGGCAGAUGCCGUCGCCAUCAUCGUGUUCGUCGUUGGUUUCAACGGUGACUUCAUCAGAGGACUUAUCGACGGAGGAGCUACUGAGUGAGAUAGUGGAGCUGCCGAGUCUUGAGACGAGUUAUGACUCGGUUGAGCCGACGAGGGAUGAUUUUGUGUUUGUUGACUCGGUGGGUGAUGGGUGGGACUACUCAAUUUCAAUGCCGUGGUUGCAUUGUGUGGACGAUUUUUAUGAACAGACGGAAAUGACAGAGAGUGUUAUGUCAAGAAGGUUUGAGGGCUUGUUACGACAACAUUGAAUUUACC